AUGGCGAAACAUCCCUCUUUUCCCUCGCUUUUCAUUGACUCCGCUCAGGAGAAGACUCCCAGUGUUGGAACUCUGAGGCCAACUGCACCGGGAAAUGGAGGGGAAAAGGACGAGGGGAUCUCACACAUGGAUUGGAUUUAUACAUCUUGCACCUUGCCCUGUCGAAUGGCUGCAGGCUUUCUAAUUGGCAUUUUUGUGGGGGUACUUAGCUCGUGCCCGACACUUUUGGCUAACUGCUCGCUCGAGUCUACUCCAGCUCCCACUUUGCUUUCAAUCUUGACAAAUGCUACCCAUGAACCCGGAGUGAAUGGCCGGGUCUCAGAUCUCGCUCGUGCCAUACAAGCAAGGCUUGCAGGAAGUAUCGCUCCUCCGAUUACUGGGAAUGACUCCCUGCCCCUGGUCUGGAAGAUAAUCGAGAAGAUCUUCGCCAGUGGUCGGCAAUUCACUCUUGUCGAUCUCGCACUCAAGAUUGUCACUUCAGAACUUUUGUCACAGGACAUACUCAUGGAACUCAAUCAGUAUCAGACCUCUCGACUAAACUUGCUUCACAACAGAAAUCCAAUGCUAGCAUAUCAACCGCUAUAUCCUAGGAAAGCUGCUCAAGAUGUACCCUAUAGUGUCGCAGAGGAGACUCUCAGGGCCGCUAUUUACAUACAAGACGAUCUUACCAGGAGAAAAGGUGAACUCAAACCCGUUCUACUCGUUCCUGGCUCCCCCAUUCCUGCCGGAUCAAUGUUCCAGUCCAACCUCGCAAAACUACAAAAGGCCAUACCAGAAGUAAGCAUGGCCUGGGUUAAUGUCCCUUCCGCUUCUCUAGGGGACGUCCAAGUCAACUCGGAAUAUAUUGCAUACGCGAUCAAUUACAUCACCGCCCUCUCGGAAAGUAAUCUGACGGUGAUAGCAUGGUCUCAAGGAGGUCUCAAUACCCAAUGGGCAUUCAAGUAUUGGCCGUCUACGCGCGCUGUAGUUACGGAUCUGAUUGCGAUCAGUCCCGACUUUCAUGGGACUGUGGAGACAACACUUGUUUGCCCUAUCCUCUCGAACGUUGUCUGCACUCCUGCCAUUUGGCAACAAGCGUGGCAUGCAGGCUUUGUUCGAGCGUUGAGACGCGUCGGAGGCGAUUCGGCCUAUGUGCCCACGACGACUGUCUAUUCCUCAUAUGAUCAGAUUGUGCAACCGAUGAGUGGAAAACAAGCUUCUGGGAUUCUUCAGUUCCCCGGUAGCAGAUGUACUAUCUGCCGGGAUCGGCCCGGCGGUGGCCUCUAUACCCAUGAAGGAGUUCUCUAUAGUUCUUUGGCAUGGGCGCUUAUCGCAGAUGCGCUUCAACAUGAUGGCCCGGGGGAUCCAUCCCGACUCAACCUCACGAAUGUGUGCGGGCAAUGGCUCCCACCUCAGCUAGGCAUGGAAGAUGUGAAGCGCACGGAGGGGUUGCUGCUGAUAGCUGUGGCCGAAGUUCUCAAAUACAAGCCGAAAAUAUUUCAGGAGCCUGAGGUUGCGGACUAUGCUUGGUGAAGGGCCGGUCGUGCGCCACAGCUAGUGGGCCUCUCGAUGACCAUUUUAUCCUUUGAGCAUGAAAGAUUUGAAAGAUUGAUAACAUUGUGAAAGGGUUGAUAUUGAUAAGGCUUCUACUGUGCGUUUUAUCUUAGCGCAAUCUGUGCCAAUAUCAAAUGUCAGACGG